AGUAUUAACCCAAUUGAUGGGUGUUAAUUAUUAAACCUUUUGGAUGGUGGCUCACUGAUUUCUCUGAUAUUCUAAUCCGGCUCUCAGAAUGGUUAAGGCAGCUUUAAGUGGAGGGUGGAUUUUUUUUUCUCAGUUUGCCUUGUGAUUUCCACUCUGAAAGAAUGUUGUGGCUGUUCUUUUUCCUAGUGACUGUUAUUCAUGCUGAACUCUGUCAACCAGAUGCAGAAAAUGCCUUUAAAGUGAGACUUAGUAUCCGAACAGCUCUUGGAGAUAAAGCAUAUGUCUGGGAUACAAAUGAAGAAUAUCUCUUCAGAGCAAUGGUGGCUUUCUCCAUGAGAAAAGUUCCCAAUAGAGAAACAACAGAAAUUUCCCAUGUCCUACUUUGUAAUGUAACCCAGAGAGUGUCAUUCUGGUUUGUGGUUACAGACCCUUCGAAAAAUCAUACUCUUCCUGCUGAUGAAGUACAGUCAGCCAUAAGAAUGAACAGGAACCGGAUCAACAAUGUAUUCUUUUUGAAUGACCAGACUCUGGAAUUCUUAAAAAUUCCUUCCACACUUGCACCACCCACAGACCCAUCAAUUCCCAUCUGGAUUAUUAUAUUUGGUGUAAUAUUUUGCAUUGUUAUAGUUGCAACUACACUACUGAUUUUAUCAGGGAUCCGUCAACGUAGAAGGAAGAACAAAGGAUCAUCUGAAGUGGAUGACAUAGAGGAAAAGUUGGAAAGCAUGGGCACACUUGCCAACAGUGUCCCUUGUGAUUCCCUGGACAUGAAAGGAGGGCACAUCAACGACAUCUUCAUGACGGAGGAUGAGCGGCUCACCCCUCUUUGAGUGGCUGCUGCUCUGCUUCUCCAAGACGCUUAACACUUGUUUCUGUGUGACUGCAAAACACCCCAAAACACCAAGGGCAGAUUAUACAUUUUAUUGCAUUUUAUUUUUGUUUCUGAAGAAAUGUUGAAUGUUCUUGAAAGUGAUACGCAAUCAAUUUUAUCUAUAAAGACCGCUGAAAUUAUAAGGAGUUUUCUAUUCAGAAUAUUUGAAAGUAUUUUUCUUACAACACAGUAUGUUAAGUGUAGUCAUGUGGUGCUUAGAGUUAUUGAUUUAAGCUUUCCAGAGACAAAGCUAGUAUAUAU